CUGAGUCGGUGUUCACCCCCAAGAAUUCAGAGAGCUGAGAACCUUAUUUUCAGCAUCAAGCCGCUCUAAUUUUUCUAUACUGCAUUUUGAAGGGAACUCUGGCUGCAACCACACACGUCGUACCCUUCCGAGCCCUCCAGCACCAUGAAGAAGGCAGCAUCCAACGAGGAACCUUUUGUUAACCUCGGAUCUGUCGAAUCGUCGGAUGACCUUCCUUACGUGAUCCGAGGGUGCUCCCAUUUCCUUCUACAUGAAGCCUCGUGCUUGGUGAGAGCCUUUAUCCUGAACGUGAAAUCUCUUGAUUCUAGCUUUCUUCUUCGCUCGUCAGGAUUGCGAGGUAAAAGAUUGGAACGUGUUAGCUUUUAAAACCUUUCUCCAUUCUCAAUCUGUUUUCCUCUGAGCAUCCUGAAUCCAUUAUGGGGAUCUAUACUCAGGAUUCUCAAGGAGAGGAGGUCCAAUGUCCU